AAAAUAUUAAAAAAUUUAACAAAUCAAAUAUAUAGAGUGUGUUUCGUUUAAAGGAUGUGAAUGUAUGCUGUAGUGUACAAAUAAGAGUGCAGAAUAUGAGAAAGUGAUAUAUUUACAUCUAAAAAAAUAUAUCUCGAGAAAUCGUAUUUUCUUUGAAAGAAUAGUGGAGUGAAUACAUAACCUUAAAGAAUUUGGCAACUGUGCGCGUACCUACGCCAAGGAUAAUUAUGUUGCCCAUUCGUUGGGCUUUCGUCGGCAUUGCGCUGUUGAUUGCAGCUACAAAUGGAGCAACAAUACCUUCGAAUGAUGGAAGUGUAGCAGAAUCGAGUUAUGAUGUCAGUAAUGAUCAAUUUGACUUGGAUAGAUCCAAGCGAAGCGGAAGAGGCUAUUUGCGCGGUCAGACGCAAUCUCAGUAUCUGAAUUUUGGUAAACCAGAGCAAGACGGCAAAGCUGAAGCAGAGGCUAAUGAACACGGCUCCAGAACAACAGUUUCUGGAAGCCAUGGUAUGGGACAAGCGCAAAGCCAAUUUUCUAUGGGGGACUGUAGUGAAUGUGCAACAAGUCCCAUUUACGAAUAUCCCGCCGGCUCUCCGGAUCCACUAACUUUAAUUGGCGGCAGUGGUAGACCAGAUGCUUUAAUAAGUAUUCCAGGUACUGGUGCAGGCGGUCAACAACCUGUUGGGCGAUAUGGUCCGGGUGGAAUUAGUACGGCCGGUGGUCCUGGAGCCGCUGGAGCAGUGAGACCCGGUGGAGUAGUUGGACCGGGAGGUGUAUUUCAGCCAUCUGUUGGAGUUGGUGCAAGAGGUGUUUUAAGACCCGGUGCUGGAGUACAACCUGGAUCAGGAUAUGGAGUUGGAGGUCAACCCACUGGACCUGGAGGAGAAAGAGUUCAACCAGGUGGCGCGUUAAGACCUGGCGCAGGUGUACAACCAGGAGCUGGUUAUGGCCCCGGUUUUGGCGUACCCGGAGGAGCAGGUAUUGGAAGUGGUGUUCAACCGGGUGCUGCAUUAAGGCCUGGCGCUGAAACUGGUGUACCAACCGGGCCUGGGGGUAGAUAUGGAGUCGGAAUAGGAGGACAGCCAAUAGGACCAGAUGUAAGCGGAUCAUAUAGGCAACCCGGAGGAGGUGUUUCUGGCAUACCAUCUGGGCCCAGCAGUGGUAUUUCACAGGGAGCUUUAUACAGGCCAGAUCAGUCGGGUGGAAUAUACGCUCCUGGCAUCGGUAGUGCAGUUGGAGAUCAACCAGGUGCAGGUCUACACCCAGGGGUAGGUUUGCGGCCGGGAGCGGGUUAUCAACCUGGCGCAGGUGUACAACCAGGAGCAGGUUAUCAACCCGGAGCAGCUUACCGACCCGGUGCAGGUCUACAACCAGGCGGAGGUUUACAGCCAGGAGCGGGUUAUCAACCUGGCGCUGGUGUACAACCAGGUGCAGGUCUACAACCAGGUGCAGGUCGACAACCAGGCAGAGGUUUACAGCCGGGAGCGGGUUAUCAACCUGGUGCAGGUCUACAACCAGGCGCAGGUCUACAUCCUGUAGCGGGUAUACAACCAGGUGAAGGCUUACAACCGGGAGCAGGCUAUCAGCCAGGUGCAGGUCUACCACCAGGCGCAGGUCUACAGCCAGGCGGAGGUUUACAGCCAGGAGUGGGUUAUCAACCUGGCGCUGGUGUACAACCAGGUGCAGGUCGACAACCAGGCGGAGGUUUACAGCCGGGAGCGGGUUAUCAACCUGGUGCAGGUCUACAACCUGGCGCAGGCUAUCAACCAGGUGCAGGUUUACAACCAGGCGCAGGUCUACAGCCUGGCGGAGGUUUACAGCCAGGAGUGGGUUAUCAACCUGGCGCAGGUGUACAACCAGGUGCAGGUCUACAACCAGGAGCAGGUCUACAACCAAGCGCAGGUUUACAGCCAGGGGUAGGUUUGCGGCCGGGAGCGGGUUAUCAGCCUGGCGCAGGUUUACAACCAGGCGCAGGUCUACAGCCAGGCGGAGGUCUACAGCCAGGAGCGGGUUAUCAACCUGGCGCAGGUGUACAACCAGGUGCAGGUCUACAGCCUGGCGGAGGUCUACAGCCAGGAGCGGGUUAUCAACCAGGAGCAGGUCUACAGCCAGGAGCGGAUUAUCAACAAGGUGCAGGUCUACAACCAGGUGCAGGUCGGCAACCAGGCGGAGGUUUACAGCCGGGAGCGGGUUAUCAACCUGGUGCAGGUCUACAACCAGGCGCAGGCUAUCAACCAGGUGCAGGUUUACAACCAGGUGCAGGUCUACAGCCUGGCGGAGGUUUACAGCCAGGAGCGGGUUAUCAACCUAGCGCAGGUGUACAACCAGGCGCAGGCUAUCAACCAGGUGCAGGUCUACAACCAGGCGCAGGUCUACAGCCAGGCGGAGGUUUACAGCCAGGAGCGGGUUAUCAACCUGGUGCAGGUCUACAACCAGGCGCAGGCUAUCAACCAGGUGCAGGCCUACAACCAAGCGCAGGCAUACAUCCGGGAGCAGGCUAUCAACCAGGGGCAGGUCUACAGCCAGGAGCGGAUUAUCAACAAGGUGCAGGUCUACAACCAGGUGCAGGUCGACAACCAGGCGGAGGUUUACAGCCGGGAGCGGGUUAUCAACCUGGUGCAGGUCUACAACCAGGCGCAGGCUAUCAACCAGGAGCAGGUCUACAACCAGGCGCAGGUCUACAACCAGGCGCAGGUCUACAACCAGGGGUAGGUUUACAGCCAGGAGCGGGUUAUCAACCUGGUGCAGAUGUACAACCAGGAGCAAGUUAUCAACCCGGAGCAGGUUACCGACCCGGUGCAGGUCUACAACCAAGUGAAGGCUUACAACCGGGAGCAGGCUAUCAACCAGGGGCAGGUCUACAGCCAGGCACAAGUCUACAGCCAGGCGGAGGUUUACAGCCGGGAGCGGGUUAUCAACCUGGUGCAGGUCUACAACCGGGAGCAGGCUAUCAACCAGGUGCAGGUCUACAACCAGGCGGAGGUUUACAGCCGGGAGCGGGUUAUCAACCUGGUGCAGGUCUACAACCGGGAGCAGGCUAUCAACCAGGUGCAGGUCUACAACCAGGCGCAGGUCUACAGCCAGGCGGAGGUUUACAGCCGGGAGCGGGUUAUCAACCUGGUGCAGGUCUACAACCGGGAGCAGGCUAUCAACCAGGUGCAGGCCUACAACCAAGCGCAGGCAUACAUCCGGGAGCAGGCUAUCAACCAGGGGCAGGUCUACAGCCAGGAGCGGAUUAUCAACAAGGUGCAGGUCUACAACCAGGCGCAGGUCUACAGCCAGGCGCAGGUUUACAGCCAGGUGCUGGUGAUAUUUACGGUACUGGUACUGGUACUGGUCCUGGAGUAGGUCCAUCUGGAACUUAUCCUUCACUUCCACAAACAGUAUCGACAUUUGGCCAAGGCGGUGGUGUAGGUACUGGAGCACCAACAGGUGAAGCUUAUGAACCAAUUGCGACAGGAGCCGCAGGUACUGGAAUAGGUGGUAUUGGUGGUACUGGUGUUAUCCCAGGUGGUGUGUCGACAGUACCCGGAGGUGUAGUCUAUCCUGGAGCAGCUUCCCUUGGAGUGGGAGCUUUGGGUGAGUAUAAAGUGGAAGGGCCAAGUAACUUGAUAACGGCAUCUGGUGUGGGAGGAGCAGAUGAUGCAUUCUCCCAAGCGGAAUCUUCCAUUAGCGAUGGCCAAGCAGCUGCUAGUUCACAAGGCAAAAAGAAUGGAGGUACUGCAAAAUCUCAAGUAUCAGGAACGUAUAGUUCAGCUGGAACAUUCAGUGCCAGCGCUUCAACAUCUGAUAGCGACCGUUCAGCAAAUGCUCAAGUGAGUGGAAGCAAAGAAGGAGCUAUGAGUCAGUCUCAAGGACAAGGUGGUGCAGCCCAAUCGCAAGCUCAAGUACAAGUCAAUUCGAAAGAUGGAGGUACCAAGGCUUCCUCACAGAGCGGGGGCAUAAUCCAUCAAAGUCAGAGCGAGGUACAAGCAAAUGAUAAAGGAGGUUUGGCAGAUUCACAGUCUAGUGGACCGGGACAAACUUCGUCACAAGCUCAAAUUGGUUUCCGACCCAAUCAAGAUGGCAGCUCAGCAGUACCGACUAGCGGAGGUGGUCAAGCUUCUGCGCAAUCUGGCAGCCAUUCAGGCCAAAGUCAGUCGCAGAUUCAAGGCACAUCUAACUUCGGAGUCUCGUACCAUGGAGCCGCACAAUCAGCCUCUGGUACUAAGGAACAAGUUGCAAGCUACCGCGAACAGAAUCGUGAAUUAUUUCAUAGCAUAAGCCAAUUUGGAAAUGCGGAUGCAGUGACUGACCGCGUAGACACCGUGUAUGGUGGACCAAGUGGAACAGCACUAUCAGCUGAUGGCGGCGCCUUGCCUGAUCUAGACCUGAAGUCUUCAAAGAGUGUUAAAGAAAUCGUCAACGCCAACAAAGUUACCGACGACGAUUCCACAUUAAACGAAGAUGAAGAAGAGGAACCAUACGAUGAAUACGACGAAGACGACGAGUACUACAAUGAAAAUUCCGCAAAGUCCGAUAGCAAAACCGACUCCCAAUCAUCAUACCGAACCUAUACACAAAAUUCACCCACACAAAGCCAACAAGCCGCUGUGCCCAGUUCAUCAGAUAAAUAUCUCUUGGUACAAAAUCAAAAUGGCCGUGUUCAAAAAUAUCCAUUCCGAUCAACCACUGAAGUGGUGCCUCGUGGCUUUCGAGGUACCGUUAAUGUGGAGAAAAAAUUCCACCCUAAGGCAGUAAAAUCACAGCCUACUGAUACUGGCCUUGAUAGCGCCGAAGAGCAGGACUCAAUCCAGCACCGCAAACCGGAUAGUUAUGUAACAGUCACCAAGUCGAUUACAGGUAGUAUGGACAACACGAAAAAUCCACCGCAGGAAAAUAAAAACUUCCAAUCGACUUACUAUACAAAGUCAUCCACCUGUGGAUAUUUCACAUUUUCCUGCAACAUAGUAUACGGUGCUAACGGCCGUAGUAAAAUCUGUCGUCCGAAAGCGCCAACAAAUGGAAAAUGCUAGAUUGCCAAAAACAAAAAAAAAAAACAAUCGAUAUUUUCUAUAUCAGUAAUAACUUAGUCGUAAAGAUAAGCUGUAACUUAACUCGAAAUGUAUUUUUAAAGCCCUAACAAAAUGUAACAUUAAAACUUACUUAAGGAGAUUCAUUUUAUGCCGAGCAGUAAAAUCAUAGAAAUGGCUAAGGUCUAUUUCCAAAUAGGUUAUUUUUCGAAACUUACUAAUAAAUGCACUGCCGUGGAGAAAACCGUUAAACAGAUAUGCUGAAGAGCUACUUAUUGAUAGCUUUGUAA